UUCUUCAUUGCCAGGAUAUACAAAGGAAGAGAAUCAGAUUAGGAAUUAGUGGGUCAACGUCCUUGUUGUCUUUGGUUUGACUUUUUUUUCUCACAUUUCACUGUGCAAGUCUUGAAAACAGUCUGUGAGGGACAAAACUUCCCUCCUUGCAAUAUCAGAUGAACUUUCGUUGCUUGUGUGAGUUGACUGCAGCAAUGGUUGCGGUGGCCUAAAGAACUCUUAAUGAUAGGAUGCCGAUGCCAUCUUAGCAUGGAAAGCCGUGUUAACAAAAAACUUGAAAAUUCCAGGAUUUAGCUUAUUCAAAAAUUAGGUUGGUGUAACAGAGCAAGUACUUGAAAACUUAGCUAUUGAAACCUCUAUGUGGUCAAUGAAAAUGGUAUACCUUACGUGGUAUCAGGAUGGUCUUUGAGAUUGAUUUGACUCGGACUCAAGCCAGCAACACAAAAGGACAUUAUUCAUAUGAUGAAUUUUCAAAAUCUUAUGUUUAUCUCAAUGUCCUGAUAUAGAUAAUUUUUCUCUUAUUUUUCCUUUGUUCAUUUCUGUCAAAGCUACUAUGGCAGCUGCUAGAAUUCUUGUCUGGACUUUACUGCUCUUGUGCUUCAUACUUGGCUCUUCUGCUCAAACGACUAAUAACACUAUCAACUUGGGUUCAAGCAUCACUGCUGGUAGUAAUUCUUCAUGGCGGUCCACCUCUGGCGAUUUUGCUUUUGGGUUCUAUCUUCUUCCUAGAGGCCUAUUUCUCGUUGGAAUUUGGUUCGAUAAAAUCCCAGAGAAAACACUAGUUUGGUCGGCAAACCGAGAUGAUCCAGCUCGAAAUGGAUCAACCAUUGAUCUGACAGAUAAUGGCCAACUCGUGCUCACACAUUCAAACGGCACCAAAUUCACAAUAUUCAACGGUACAUCCAGAAGUUCAGCUUUGAUGCAAGAUGAUGGCAAUUUUGUCUUGCGGGAAUCUUCCUCCAGAGUCAUCUGGCGGAGCUUUGAUUUUCCUACAGACACGAUUUUAUUAGGCCAGAAUCUCGUUAUGGGCCAAAAACUCUAUUCCAAUGCCAAUGGAACUGUUGACUACUCAACUGGCAGGUAUAUGUUAGAGGUUCAAGGCCUGGAUGGCAAUGUUGUUCUGUCUGCAUUUAAAUUUGCUGAUGCUGGUUACUGGAACACUGCAACCAAUGGAAGGAAAAACGUCAGCCUAACUUUCAACCAGAGUGCAGCUUUAAUGUCUGUUGUAAGCGAUGGUUCCAUCAUACAACCCUUGAGUACAACUUCACAAGUUCCCUCACCAACAAGAGAUUACUACCACCGAGCAACUAUUAACGAUCUUGGAAAUUUUCAACAGUUGGUUUACCAUAAAGAAAAUGGCACCCAAUGGACAAUGGUCUGGGAAGCUAUUACAGAACCUUGCACAGUUGUUAGCAUUUGCGGGGUGUUUGGUUUUUGCACUUUACCUGAUAAUAGAACUGUUAGCUGCGAAUGCUUGCGUGGUUAUUUACCAUGGGAUCCGAACAAUCCCUCCAAAGGAUGUUAUCCUGAUGUCACCAUGGAUUUCUGUGCUCCAGAGUCUUCAGCUUCUGAUUUCAAAAUUGAACAGAUAGAUGAUGCUGAUUUUCCAAGUCAUCGUUUUGCAGAUUUGGAGAGAAUCAAAUCAAUGGAUGCAAAUGAGUGCAAGAACAAAGUGAUGGAAGAUUGUUUCUGUAUGGCUGCUGUUUUGGAUGGAACUGAUUGUAUCAAGAAGAGAAUGCCUUUACUAAAUGGUAGAAGAAGCAAUCCUUCCACCAAUAACAAAGUAGCGUUCAUCAAAGUUCCCAACAUGAAUACCUCUUCACCAGACAAAGACAAAAAGGACUCUCCAUCCACAGUUUCUCUUCUAGCAGGCCUUAUAUUGUGCUUGGUAUUAGUUGUUCUAUUUGCAGCAAUUGUCAUCUAUUAUCACCCAUUGACACAACCUUACAUACGAAAACAAUCACCUUCAAAUCCUAAGCCUGUGGAGAUAAAUUUGAAGGCAUUUUCAUUUCAGGAGUUGCGUGAAGCUACUAAUGGAUUCAAGAACAAACUUGGCCAAGGAGCUUUUGGUACUGUUUACAGUGGGGUUUUAACAUCAGAGAACGAAAAUAUUGAGGUUGCUGUGAAACAGCUAGAGAAGGUCGUUGAACAAGGUGAGAAGGAAUUCUUGACAGAAGUUCGAGUUAUAGGUCUUACGCAUCAUAAGAAUCUUGUUCGACUGGUGGGGUUUUGUAAUGAGAAGAACCACCGACUUCUGGUUUAUGAGUUAAUGAAGAACGGCACACUGUACAGUUUCCUGUUUGGGGAAGAAAAACCCAGUUGGGAUCAGAGAGCUGAUAUUGUGCUUGGAAUUUCAAGAGGCUUACUGUAUUUGCAUGAAGAAUGCGAGACUCAAAUCAUCCACUGUGAUAUAAAGCCACAAAAUGUUCUUCUUGAUGACAGUUUCACUGCCAAAAUCGCUGAUUUCGGCCUUGCAAAGCUUAUGAUGAAGGAUCAAACUAAAACAAGUACCAAUGUAAGGGGAACAAUGGGAUAUGUGGCACCUGAAUGGCUCAAGAAUGCACCUGUAACCACCAAAGUAGAUGUCUACAGCUUUGGGGUCUUGUUGCUUGAGAUUGUCUUUUGCAGAAAGCAUAUUGAGUUACAUCAAGUUGAUGGAGAAACAACAGGCGAUGAGAUGAUUCUAAUAGAUUGGGUCCUAUGUAGCGUGAGAACUAAAAAUUUAGGCGCCAUUGUGAGCCAUGACUCUGAAGUUUUGAGUAACUUGUUAGUACAUUGCCUUUCCAGUUAGUCAAAGUUGUCAUGCUGCUCCA